ACCACCUGGAAAUAAUCACAUCAUUUAAAUUUAAUACUUAAACAUAUUUUUUAACCAAAGUGGUUGGGAUACAAUGUUUGAUAGAAUCUGAGAAUUUCCUCCUGAAAUCGUCAACCUCCUGGGCCUGGUCAGUGUUAUGUGACAUGGAUGUGUAAUGAGGAGUAUGUUCCACGGUGCACCUCCAGUAGGUGGCGGUAAUGCAGCUCUAAGCUGGUUUGCCAUCCGCCAAUAAACACCGAAGAAGAAGCGCAAGCGGAAGAAGAAGAAGACGAAGAAGAAGCGCUACAAAUAUGUCGAUUGUUUUUGUGCCAAAGAAACUACGAGGGAAGGCUAAAAUCAACCAAGAAACGAUACAGAGGCUGCUGGAUGAAAACGACCAGCUGAUAAGAUGCAUCACUGAGUACAUGCAGAAAGGACGAGCAGUGGAGUGUGUCCAAUACCAACAGAUCCUGCACCGCAACAUUGUGUAUCUGGCAACCAUAGCUGAUGCCAGCCCAGACAACAUGCCUCCCUCCUCAAAUUCCACACCUAAUGAAACCUCCGCCUCCAGACCACCCGUGAAUGGACAUGGAGGGACAUGAUGAUCCAGCUUCUCAGUGUUGAGAGAAUUGUUUUUACAUCAGAAGAAAAUGUAUUUAUAAUGUUCAGUUUGAAGUGUUUUCAGUAAUGUAACCCUUUCCAGCAUCACUGAUGUUUCAGGUCAGUGAUGCUCUAGUAGAUGUGUAUAUAAGAUGUCAAGUCUGUGAAUUCAAUGUAAAUAAUUAGUUUCUGCUGAGAUAGUCAUCAUGAAGAUGUUUGUUUUUACAUUUAUAUCCAGCUACAGGGGCCUGGAUAAUUAAAUUCUUGAAGGCAUUAAAAUGUGAACUUGUAAACAAAUUGAAUGUACAUUAAAACAUUUUUCAGGUUU